AUGAAUAAAUAGGAUAGAUUAAACAUUGAUACGAAAUGUAUAAACAAUAACUCUCUCAAUUCAUCUCAAGAAAUAUAGGAAUUCUUAGAAGGUUACGAGGGAUAUUAACAUCUAUUUUUGAUUGGCUUUGAAUCAGAUAUAGGAGCGCAAAAUUGUGAAUCAAGAACAGGUUAAGAACUUGGGCCUAACAAUUUUAGAGCUUUGAUAGAGUAAUUACAGUUUCCUUCGAGUAAUAGCUUUUAUGAUGUUGACUUGAGUUCAUUGAAAUUAGCUAUAAAGGAUUGUGGAAAUAUAAAGCCAGUUAUUUCUGAUAUAGAGGCAACUCAUUAGAAAUUAGAAUCAUUUAUCAAGCAAAUUAGAGAACUAUCUAAAGAUUCUAUUAUAGUGGUUAUUGGAGGUACAGAUGACCUUAAUUAUCCAGCUCUUUGUGGAUAGAGCGCUUACAGUGAAAAGCUAAAUCUGAUCAGAAUUGAUCCAUCACUAGACUUUGAGGAUAAGUAUAGGAAAUAGUUUGAUGAUCUUGAGCCAUAAUUCCUUGAACAUCAUUAGUCUCAUUUCAAAAUGACUUUGGGAAACGAAAUAAUUUUAGAAAAACUUGGAGAAGUAUUGUUCUAUGGUAUAUAAGGCUUUAAAAUUGAUUAAGAUCAUUUAGACUAGAUUUAAACUAAGUUAGGAGGCAAGUUCUAGUACAUUUACUUUGAUAGAGAUAUUAGGAAGACAAUGUUUGAUAUUUAAAAUUAGGAAUAAAAUUAGUGUAAAGCAUCUAACAUUUUGAUGGAGAAUAGAAUUUUGAAGGAGAGUUAAUAGAUUGAAUUGAUAGUAAACAUUGAUCUUACUUCUAUUAAAGCACAAAAUGCGCCUGGAGUUAGCGAGCCUUGCCCAGCUUUUGGAUUUAAUACCCAGGAAAUUGAAGAUAUUGCCUUUAAUAUCGGAAAAUAAGAAAAUUUAAGAAUAUUUACGAUAUCAGAGUAUAAUCCAGCUAUAGAAAAAUUUCAAACUGGAAAUGUGCUCUGCUCUAUAUAUCAACACUUAUUACUAGGAAUUGGGGAGAGGUUAAAAAAUUAAGGUUAAGUAAUAGUCGCAAAUGAAUAUGAGGACAUAGGCUAAUAAGAAUUGGAAUAGGAUUAUUUUAUGCAACAAGCUGGUGAGCAUCUACAAUUGCAAAAUUUUGAUUUCGACCCAUCAUUGCAGGACUUCAAGUGA